AUUCACACACCAAACUACCAGUAUUAUUCACAAAUCGGAAGCGCAUUCCGAUACGUUCCCAAAACAUUCAAAGUGAAUUAUUUGUUGAUAGUUGCAAGAUUGGUGUUAAAGUGUUUAAAAGUGAAUCAUUUAUUAGUGAUUAAUAAAAAAUGGAUCCCGGGUUCGUUAUUACUCGGGAAAAUCCCAAAGCUGUAGCAAAUAUUUUUUCAAAAUUAACUUUUGCAUGGAUGGGAAAUAUUUUUUACAAAGGUGUUAAACGUGGAGUAAAUGUAACCGAUUUAUUUAAAACUUUAAAUUCGGAUAAUUCCGAAAUUUUGGGCGAUCGACUUCAAACGAAUUGGGAAAAAGAAAUUGCUCGAUCAAAAUUAAAAGGAAAAGAACCCAGUUUGGUGAAAGCAAUUUCAGAUACAUUCUUAUUAAGCUAUAUGGUUUAUGGAUUAAUGCUUUUUAUUUUAUAUGUUGGAUUAAAAGUUUUUCAACCAUUGGUAUUGGGUUACCUUCUUCGAUUAUUCACUAAACGCGAAAAUCCCGAAAACAUGGAAUUAGCAAAAUACAUUACCGGAUUAAUAUUAGUAUGUGUCGUAUUUCUUGCGGUUUUAUUGCAACAUCAUACUAAUUUUGGGCAACAAUCAGUCGGAAUGAGAGUAAGAAUAGCAGUUUCAACUUUAGUGUACAGAAAAAUGUUGAAAUUAAGUAAAAAAUCUCUUGGUGAUACAGCAGCUGGAAAAGUAGUGAAUCUUUUAGCAAACGAUGUUCAACGUUUUGAUUUCGUUGCAAUAGCUCUUCAUUUCUUCUGGAUUUCACCGUUUCAAGUAGCAAUUGUCACUUAUUUCAUUCAAGAUCAAGUUGGAAUUGCGUGUUUAGCUGGAAUUAUUAGUAUGUUGAUAUUUACAAUUCCUCUUCAAGUAGUGAUGGGAAAAUUAACAACAAAAUGGCGUGGAAAAGUAGCCGUAAGAACCGACUCCCGUGUUAAAUUAAUGAACGAAAUCAUUUCCGGAAUACAAGUAAUCAAAAUGUACGCUUGGGAAAAACCUUUCGAAAAACUUGUUCAUGCAUGUCGCAUCAAUGAAGUCAAAGCUAUCCGAGUUGCUAAUUAUAUUCGAGCUGUUUUCUUAAGUUCAAUGGUUUUCGUUGAAAGAACAACCCUUUAUUUAACACUAAUCACUUUCGUUUUGUUAGAUAAUCAAUUAUCUUCUGACAUAACGUUUACCUUAAGUCAAUAUUUUAAUCUUCUUCAAAUGGCUUUAGCUAUAUUUUUACCAUUGGCGAUUCAAAUGACAGCUGAAAGUCUUGUUUCGUUGAGACGUUUAAGAGAAUUUUUAAUGAUGGAUGAAAGAAAAGUAGGAAAUUUAAUUAAAACUGAAGAUAAAGGUAUCGAAGUGAAUAAAGUAAGCGCAAAUUGGACCGAAGAACAUAAUACAUUAAAAGAUCUCAAUAUAAACAUUAAACCAGGUUCUUUAUGCGCAAUCAUCGGUCCUGUUGGUUCAGGAAAAAGUUCAAUUUUACAACUUUUACUCGGCGAACUUCAAGCGGAAACCGGAGAAAUAAAAGUUGGCGGAACAAUUUCAUAUUCAUCUCAAGAACCGUGGUUAUUCGGUUCAAACGUGCGUGGAAAUAUUCUUUUCGGGCAAGAACUCGAUAAACAACAUUAUAAUCGAGUGGUUAAAGUUUGCGCUUUAGAGAAAGAUUUUCAACAAUUCCCACAGCGCGAUCAAACUUUAGUUGGGGAACGCGGUGUUUCUUUGAGUGGUGGUCAAAGAGCUCGCAUCAAUUUAGCCAGAGCCAUUUAUAGAAAUGCCGAUAUUUACAUAAUGGAUGAUCCUCUAUCAGCUGUUGAUACUCACGUUGGUAAACAUCUUUUUGAAGAAUGUAUCGUUAAAUAUUUACAUGGAAAAACUAGAAUUUUGGUUACCCAUCAAUUGCAAUAUUUGAAGAAAGCUGAUAUGAUCAUUGUUAUGAAUGAUGGUCGAAUUGAAGCCCAAGGAACAUUCGAUGAACUCUCAAGAGCCGAUUUAGAUUUCACUAAAAUGUUGGUUGCUGCUGAUGAAACUGUUGAGAAGAAAGAACCGGAAAAAGAAUUAAAGAGGGUGAGAAGUCGGCAAGAAUCUACGUCAUCAAUGGGAAGUACUGGAACUGGUGCUGAUUUUGAUGAUCAAGAAGUAAAACGUCAAGAUGAAGAAAUCGUAAUUCCAAGUAGAUCAGCAAGUAUCGAUUAUAUAAAAGCGGCUGGGAGUGUUUGCAUUAUCUUAACACUCGCUAUGGUGAUUGUUUCAAGUCAAACUGCAUGCAGUGGAGCGGAUUAUUUCGUUUCUUAUUGGACUGAACAAGAAGAAUUAAGAUUCCUUUACAAUCAAGAUCCUCCCCCCGAAGGUGGAGAAGAAACGAAAUCGCAUCAUAGCAAAACUGAAAUGGUUUACGGAUUUUUAUCAAGAGUGGAAAGAUCAACAAUUCACGGUUUUAAUUACAUGUUUGGCACAACCUCCGAUUUCAAUUACACCGUUCAACAACGCGAUUUAAGAGAUGACGAUGGUUUCAUCAACACGUAUAAUGCUAUAUACAUUUACAGCGCUUUAAUUAUUUUGAUUAUUCUUUUAACGAUGAUGCGUUCGUACUUAUUCUUUAGAUGUGCCAGUAAUUCAUCAAAAAGAUUACAUGCUAAAAUGUUUAAUUGCUUAUUAAAAGCACCGAUGCGAUUCUUCGAUACAAACCCAAGUGGGCGUAUUCUCAAUCGUUUCUCAAAAGACACCGGAGCUAUGGAUGAAACACUUCCGAGAGUUUUAAGCGAAGCCCUUCAAAUCAUGCUUGUUAUGACUGGUUCAUUAGUUUUAAUUAGUAUCGCAAAUAUUUGGAUGUUGAUCGUUAUCGCCGUUUUGGUGGUUGUCUUCAUCGUGUUAAGACGUUGGUUUUUGGUAACGGCUAAAAGUAUUAAACACGUCGAAGGUAUCGCAAAAAGUCCCGUUUUUUCACUUCUCAAUUCAACGUUAAGUGGCAUCUCAACGAUUAGAGCUUCAAACGCCGAAAUGUCUUUAAUAAAAGAAUUCGAUCGGCAUCAAGAUGCUCACACUUCAGCUUGGUUUAUGACAAUUUCCGUUAUGGUUUCGUUCGGGUUAUGGUUGGAUCUUCUUUGCGUCGUCUUUUUAACGUGUAUUUUGGUCAGCUUUAUCGUUGUAAGCGAAACAACCGAUGUCAGUGGUGCUAUGGUGGGUUUAGCUGUUUCACAAUCUUUAGGAUUAACCGGAAUGUUGCAACAUGGAAUGAGACAAACUGCUGAAGUUGUGAAUCAAUUAACCAGCGUUGAACGUAUUUUGCAGUAUACGAAACUUGAUAUGGAAGGACCUUUCGAGAGUCCAGAAGCUAAAAAACCUGCGAAAGAUUGGCCAACUGAUGGUGGGGUAAAAUUCAACAAAAUGUAUUUGAAAUAUGCACCAGAAGAUCCUCCAGUAUUAAAAGACUUGAAUAUCGAAAUUAAAUCCGGGGAAAAAGUUGGAAUCGUUGGAAGAACCGGUGCUGGAAAAUCAUCUUUAAUGUCCGCGCUAUUUAGAUUGGCCCCAAUCGAAGGAGAAAUUUUGGUUGAUAAAAUUGAUACAGCCACUGUUGGUCUUCACGAUAUCCGUUCGAAAGUUUCAAUUAUUCCUCAAGAACCCGUUCUUUUCUCAGCCCCAAUGCGAUACAAUUUAGAUCCUUUCAACGAAUACAGCGAUAUUGACCUUUGGAACGCUUUGGAAGAAGUUGAAUUAAAAGAAUCUGUUCCAUCGUUAGAAUUUAAAGUUGAAGAAGGUGGAGCUAAUUUCAGUGUGGGUCAAAGACAACUAAUUUGUCUUGCAAGAGCUAUUAUUAGGAAUAAUAAAAUUUUGGUUAUGGAUGAAGCUACUGCUAAUGUUGAUCCUCAAACUGAUGGAUUAAUUCAAGGAACUAUUCGAAAGAAGUUUAAGAAAUGCACUGUUUUAACGAUUGCGCACAGAUUAAACACGAUUAUGGAUUCAGAUAAAGUUUUGGUAAUGGAUUCAGGAAAAAUGGUCGAAUUUGAUCAUCCGCACAAAUUGUUGCAAAAUAGUGAUGGCUACUUUUCUAAAAUGGUUGAUGAAACUGGUCCAAGUAUGAGUGCCAAUUUAAGAGAAAUUGCUAAGUUUACUUUUGAUAAAUUAAGCCAUGAAAAUGAAUCAACUAAAUUGUAAAUAAUUUUAGUUAUUUAUUGUAGUUAAUUUA